AUGGCAGGACCUCAAGCUCUCACAAAAACCACUAUUGCCGCCGCCACCACCACCACCAACAAAAACAUGCUGACGAAAUCACCAUCAAGCACUAAAACUGCACUCCGGAGGUUUGUUGGGGUUAGGCAAAGGCCAUCUGGAAGAUGGGUAGCAGAGAUCAAGGACUCAUCCCAACGUGUGAGGCUAUGGCUAGGCACUUAUGACACACCUGAAGAAGCAGCAAGAGCUUAUGAUGAAGCUGCUAGAGCAUUACGUGGCGAAAACGCCCGCACCAACUUUGCGCCCCCCGGUCCAGCCACAAACCCUAACUCAAGUCCAUUGGUCUCUAGUGCUUCCAAUGGGAGCUUUGUGUCGGGGUCUGAUGGCCGCCAUGGUGGUGCAGGGCUUAGCUUCUCUUCCUUGAAGGCCAAGUUAAGCAAGAACCUCCAAAGUAUCAUGGCUAGGAGUAGUGAUCAUAACAGGUCCUCAAAAAGCAGGGUGAGUGACCACUUCACUUUUGCAAGUAUUUUCCACUUUAGGAAAUACCAAUACCAAAACACAGUAAACCCUUUAAUUGAUAUGAAGAAUAUAGAGAAAGUGGUGCAGCCUAGCAUCAUAGUGCCCCAUAAUAAUGGAGAGAGUACUACUAGUACUGAGCCUUCCUCUUGGGAGAACUCUAGUAUUUCGGACUGCAGCGCCGAGUGGGCCCACGGGUUACGGCAAGUAGGGGUGGAUUAUGAAGGGUCUGAAAUUGGGGAAGGGAGUAUCAUGGACCAAAUUAUGGGGUGGAUGGAUAGUCCAGAUAAUCAGUUGGGUAGUCGGAUUAACCUUGGUGAUGAUAGUGAGGAGGGUUCGAGGAGUAAGAGGUUCAAGGUUUCCUCUUCAGUGAUGGUUCCUCCGACAUUUAGUACCGGAUCUCCAUUCAAUAAUAAUAAUGGAGAAAUUUCGAAUUGA